AUUCGUAUGUUAAAACACUCUUCUGUAGCCAACUGGAAAAUCGGAUCAAACCCAAAAGUAGAGUGGUGUCAACCGGCGUGGUGAUCUCAAAUUAGAUAAUUUUUUUUGAGUGCAUAAGUCAUUGAGGACAUUAAUAUCUUGUUCUUUGAUUAAAUUAGGGAUUUUAGGUUGUCUUUAAAGUCACGCUAUUAUUCUUACGCGCGGUACAAAAGCUUCAGUCAAAAUGGACGUGGACUCCAUUUCCGUCACGAUGGAUGCAGGCUCUGAUACUCCUUCUCCUGCCUUUCCAGUAGUUUUAAAGAAAAUCAUGGAGAUUCCGCCGCCGAAUCUUCUCGAAGGGGAUGACGAACCAAACUUCCAAUCUCUGGAUGAAACUGAAAAUGAUAAAGAGAAACUCUUUGAGGAUGCUGACACCGGAGGGGUCAGUGAAAUGGGACCAUCGGCUGCCUUAACACCUGCCAUCUGGGAAAAGACCAUUCCCUAUGAUGGCGAGACCUUCCACCUGGAAUACAUGGAUCUGGAGGAGUUUCUCAUGGAGAAUGGCAUUCCUGCCGCAGGGGAUGAGGGUCUGCAGAAGAGUCUUGCAAAAGAAAAUUUACAGCUGACAACUGAAAAACUAUCCACAACCUCUACAAGCAAGACAGCCCCAGCAAUCUCUCUUAUGCCAGUCAUGGAACUGGAUCAGUGUGAGGAGGAAGUGGUCACAAUCACGGCAUCCAGCUCUAACUCAACAGACACCAAUUCAGAUGAGGAGCCUGCGACGCCAGAGCCCAUUAAUCCAGAUGAAAUCGAGGUAGAGGUCCCCUAUGAGCCGGAUCCCACAGACCUUGUGCUGUCCAGCAUACCCGGAGGUGAACUGUUCAACCCUCGCAAACAUCGCUUCUCCGAGGAGGAGCUGAAGCCUCAGCCUAUGAUCAAGAAAGCAAAGAAAGUGUUUGUGCCUGAGGAACAGAAGGAUGACAAAUACUGGCAACGGAGGAAGAAGAACAACAUUGCAGCCAAACGUUCACGAGAUGCCAGGCGUCUAAAAGAGAAUCAGAUCACAGUACGAGCAGCCUUUCUGGAGCGAGAGAACUCUGCUUUGAGACAGGAAGUGGCAGAGUUGCGCAAGGACUUUGGGCGCUGCAAGAAUGUUGUGGCACGCUAUGAAGCCAAAUACGGAGCACUUGCACCGGCUGAAGACCUCUAAACAAUUAUUGAUUUAUUUGCAUUUAUGAAAGGCAAUAAAUUAAUAAUGGUGUGAAAUGAAGAGGAGAAAACAGGAGAUAAAUGAAUAUUUGAUUCAAACUGUAGAGCUAAGUGAUAUUCAUGUUCUUAAAAAAAACUGUCAACGACUAUAAUCAACAUAUCCCCUUCAUUUUAAUCUUACUUCAGUUCAAAAGCACACCCAUGUGUAUCCCAAUAGAGCUUUUUAAGUGUUUUUUUUUUUUUAUAAUACACCAGGGUAAAAGAGGUCUUCUCUCACUUGCUCGUUUUAUGACAAGUUUGAUAACAUCAAAGUAGUUUUAGGAAAUAAUGUGCAUUGGAAGUCACUGGUCUUUAUUCAUAAAGAAUGACUGGCAUUGACUUCCAUGCGCUUUCUUAUAUAUCUUCAGUAUGUUUAUCUUUGACUUCUCUGAAAAAUUACAUUAAUUCUAAGAAUUCCUUUGGCAAAUUUGGUACAGGGUACCAAGUGGUGCAUUUUGCCUGCAAAAGUAAUAAAUAAAAUGCCAUUAUUGAAAUAUGGAGAGAAUGUAUCACAUUAAAAAUGUGUCAUUACAUAUAACUGUUAAAACGGAAAACAAAACUGUAAGCAGGAAUUGUAAAUGUAUCAUGUUUUGUGCUGCAAAAUACGUAGAUGUUUUGUUUUACUGUCAGCAAGUGCUUGAAUUCAGUAGAAACUGUACUGAUAUUAUGUGCUCUGUAUAUCUGCAAAACCUAAAAAAUAUUUAGACCUAAUUUAGAUUUUCAGUAGAUCUUCUAAAAUCAAACCUUGUUUACUUCGCCAUGGUCAUUUGCCCUUUCUGGGACUCAUGGAGGUCAGUUUGUGUACAGAAAUAACACUGUACAUGUGACGGAUCUUCUAUCUGCUUCAAACUUAGAAAAACAAAAGAAGUGCUUGUUAUAGUUUUUUCAUAUGUAUCAUAUGAUGUAUAUUUUUUCAGAAAACUUCAAAUAUUUUACAAAAAUGGCUUUGCAGUGUGAACCACACCAUUUAUAGCUCAGAGUCAAUAUGAAUCCGUAAGUGUCUUCAGCAGAGCACCUGUUUAUAAAAGGCGCCUAUUGUGUUACAUAUCAGCCUAACCGAACUCAAACCUCUUGAAAGGGCAUCAGCCACUACUUGCCACGUUUUGUGCAACAUAUAUCAUCAAAGACAGAAGAUAAAGGGUCAAGUUUCACAAAUAGUCAAUAUCUUGUGUUCUCUGUUCAUUGUUGUGAAGUGGAAGUUAAGCUGAAUUUUGCAAUAAUCACAUUUGACCACAUUUGUCCUUUUUCAGGUGUUUUGUGGAAAGGGAAUCUGAUAUGUAAUGAAAUCAUGACCAAAGCGAAUUUAGAUUGAAAGCUGAAAAACAUGUUUUCUUUAGCUAGUACAGAACAACUCCACUUAAAUCAGGUGCUUUAACUUUGCAUAUUUGUGGUCUGUAGGCACUUUUUAAAAAAGUGCACCUAUGGUUUGUCCUUUCUCCUUGAGCUUCCUUUCAUGAACAAGACAAUAAAUUGGAAUGGCGUUUGAUGGCUGUUCUGAAAGGAAUAGUGACUGUUCCUGACAAGAAGCAUUUCUUCUGCUGAACUAGAAGAAAACUCAGUUGCAUAUAUGAGAUGCCAGCUGUUUCGCAGUAACAAAUCUUUGUUUGAAUGUUUUUGUAAUUGUCAUUGUUCUUUUGGGUGGAAUUAAUUCUCUUUGUAAGUCAUGUGAACAUUUUUUUUGACUUGUAUAUGUUGUCUCUGCGCCUUGUUGGAUGUUUCUUGUACAUAUUGAAGAAUUCAAAAAUG